AUGAUUACAACUUGUGUUUAUUUUGUACUUUAUAUACUUUUGAUCACUUUAGUGAACGCUGAUGACGCGCUUUUCGGAAAGAAUAGUAAUAGUAUUGCCCAGUCGUUCGUUGUGAAUCGCACAGAUAAAGUGCUCAGUCUAUUACAGCAGGGAUCCCAAGCCUCCGGUAUUAUCUAUUUUGACCAGAAUCAGUGGGGUGGGUUUGCUAAUGUGUUUCAAGGCCUGCGUACAGCGGCCUUAUUAGCUUUGGUGACAGGAAUGAGACUCAAGAUUAAUUGGAUGUCUUAUUUUGAUCUUAUGGAUGAUAAAAUUCAUCCAUUAAAGGCCGGGGGGUUCAUUGAAUCAAUGAGAUGCCCCCUUUUAUCUCGUGUGGAUUCGCUUUACAUAAGGAAAGAUAUAUGCCAAAGAGUGUUAUUUACAGAAGAUGAUAUACAAAAAAUACUGUUGAAAUCCGAAAACCGACAGCGUCUAGUAUCACUAGGUCUUUUUGAGUCUCUUCCAACAGACAUUGAUGUUCGUAAACUACUUACGUAUACCUUCUUUGUGCCUAAGAGCAAUCUUGCUUCUUAUUCAAAAGAGUUUGUUCGAAAUUUGCACAAAUACCCGAGUAUUGGUGUUCAAAUUCGAACUGGAGGUUCGCUUGCCUCCGAUAAUGAAGAUAAUGUGUUCUUUUCCCCCUCUACUAUGUAUCGUGUGAUUGAUAUGAUCAACAAGGUUGUUACAGAGAAUUAUAUUUUUAACUAUAAUUUGUUUGUCUCCACUGAUUCACAGGAAGUCUUAACCGAACUCAAAUCCAUCUUUCCGCAGUUGAUACACACUUCCGAUGACUUUAAGAUCGGACACACAUCAAAUUUACGCAGUUCUGAUGGAUCGAAUCAUGGACAACGAGCGUUGAUCGACUUGAUGAUUUUAUCUAGUUGUGACUACUUAAUCUACACAGAGGAUAGUUCAUAUGGAAGACUUGCCUCGGUUCUAUCUCAUUCUGAAAAGACAUACUAUGUUAGUCACAAGUAG